CAAUAAUAAUAAUAAUAAUUUAAAAAGCGUUACGGAAAUUGUUUCUAUCAUUUUCCCACUACCACACUUUCCCUUUCACAACUUCCAUACUUCUAAUCUUCUCACUCCAUAAACCCUUCUCCUCUCUCUUCCUCACAAGAAGAUAAAGAAAAAACAAACUUGGUCUUGUUCAUUUGGUUUGUGGACAUCACAUUCUCUGACCCUGUGAUAGAAACAAACCAAUAAGAGACCAAGGAAAAACAAAAAGUUUUUUAUUUUAUUUUUGGUUUUGUUUACAUGUGUUGUUAGAUCAAGCUUUUGUUAACUGUGAUCCUUUAUAUUGUUCCUCUCGUCAUUGUUUGUUUUUAUUUAUGCCCUUUUGAUCCUUCACCGUCUCAUUCAUCGUGGCUUCGUGGGGGGGUGAAAAAGUUGCUAAAUUUUCGCUGAUUCUUCUAACCCCACUUUCAAAAACGGUUGCUUUCUCUUUCUCCCUCUAUCUAUAGAAAGAAGAGAGGGUUUCUGUUUAUGUUUUGUUAGCCAUUUAUACAUAUUGCAUAUCCUUUUUCUUCUUCCUUCUGGUGUGGUUUGUGUUAUUGCUGUGUCUUGCAAUGGAAAAAAAGUGGGUUUUGAGAUUGGUGUUGGUGUUGGUGGUGGGUGUGAUGUGUUGUCAUGUGGAAGGGCUUGGUGUGAAUUGGGGGACUCAAGCAACCCACAAGUUGCCACCAGACACUGUGGUUCAAAUGUUGAAGGAUAAUGGGAUUCAGAAAGUGAAGCUUUUUGAUGCAGAUGACUCCACCAUGAGUGCUUUGGCCGGGACUGGGAUUGAAGUCAUGGUUGCUAUCCCUAAUAACCAGCUUGCUGAGAUGAAUGACUAUGACAGAGCCAAACAGUGGGUUAAGAAGAAUGUCACACGUUACAGCUUCAAUGGAGGAGUUAAUGUCAAGUAUGUAGCAGUUGGGAACGAGCCAUUUUUGAAAUCCUACAACAAUUCAUUCUUGAAUAUCACCUUCCCUGCACUGCAGAACAUUCAAAAUGCCCUUAACGAAGCAGGUCUUGGAGACACCGUUAAGGCCACAGUGCCCUUAAAUGCAGAUGUGUAUCAGUCACCAGAGAGCAACCCUGUUCCAUCUGCAGGAAUAUUUAGGCCUGAUAUCACUGGUCUCAUGACCCAAAUAGUCCAAUUUCUCAGCAAGAAUGGUGCACCAUUCACCGUGAACAUCUACCCCUUCUUGAGUCUUUAUGGCAAUGACAAUUUUCCCUUCAACUACGCCUUCUUUGACGGUGUAGACAACCCCAUAAACGACAACGGAACACCAUACACGAACGUGUUCGACGCGAAUUUCGACACCUUGGUUGCUGCUCUCAAAUCAGUAGGAUAUGGUGACCUGCCAAUUCUGGUGGGAGAAGUAGGAUGGCCUACAGAAGGGGACAAGAAUGCCAAUGUUGGCAAUGCUUUGAGAUUCUACAAUGGCCUUCUGCCAAGGCUUGCAGCAGACAAAGGCACGCCGCGCCGACCGGGACACAUCGAAGUUUAUCUCUUCGGACUAGUCGAUGAGGAUGCCAAGAGCAUUGCUCCGGGAAACUUCGAACGCCACUGGGGGAUUUUCCGGUAUGAUGGACAACCAAAGUUUCCAAUGGACCUCUCUGGCCAGAACCAAAACAAGUUUCUGAUAGGUGCACAGAAUGUGAAGUAUCUUGCUCCAAGGUGGUGCAUGUUUAACCCUGAUGCAAAGGAUCUUAGCAAGCUUGCUGAUAACAUUAACUAUGCUUGCACCUUUGGAGAUUGCACUGCACUUGGAUAUGGCUCUUCUUGCAACAAUUUGGAUGCUAAUGGUAAUGCCUCUUAUGCGUUUAACAUGUACUUUCAGGUGCAGAAUCAGAACACCAUGGCAUGCAAUUUUCAGGGCUUGGCUAAGCUUACUACGAACAAUAUCUCAACUCCUACGUGCAAUUUUAUCAUUCAGAUAGUUCCUUCUUCUGCCUCUUAUUUGGUGCCUUCGCUUGUUGGUGUCUUGUUUGUUUCUUUAUUCAUGAUUUUGUUUUCGUAGGAUUUGUUUGUACAUACGUUAGAGAUGCUAUUUUUUUUUUUUUUUUUUUAAAUUUAUGGUUUCAUUAUUUAUUGGAUAGUCUGGAUGAUAUUGAUCGGUUUACAGAUUCAUUCAAUAAAGAAUUUCACACAUUGAGCUUA